AAAAACGGAGGGAAAUAACAAAAUACAAAUUUUCCUCCUGCAGGUUAAAACGUUACCUGCCCGCUCCGGUGCAGCCAAGUCUGUCAGAGGCGAAGUAAAGCGCAGCCAUGUCCCUGUCGCAGUGCCUGGAGGACUCACCUCUGAGGCUGUGUCCCACACCAGGGGCCGGAGAGCUAAAUCUGCAGGAAGUGUACAACGAGAGGCACCGGCUAGCUCUGGAGGAGCUGCUGUCCGGGGGGCUGGAUAACUUUCUGGACUUCCUCAGGAGAGAGAGGAUCUCUAACUUUCUGUCGGACGAUGAGAUCCAGCGGAUCAGGAGCGCCGCGGUGUCUCCGCGCUGCGCGUCCAUCCACGGGGAGGACCAGACGCUGGAGCAGUCGCUCAGCAGCUCCGUGGACUGCUCCUCCGUAACGUAUUUCCCCGAAGUGUCAGACGUGGAGCCGCCGCUGCUGGAGAUGGGGUGGCCCGCCUUCACCGCGGGGUCCUACCGGGGAGUGACCCGGGCCGUGGCGCACUUCCAGCCCAGCUACGGGGAGUGCAUCUACAGCUGCAAGGAGGCUGCCAGGCGCAUGAUUAAGAAUGCCAGAGAGGUGAUUGCCAUAGUUACUGACUCCCUCACAGACCUGGAUAUCUUUAAGGAUCUCCAGGAGGCAUGCUCCCACCGCAGAGUCCCCGUCUACAUUCUGCUGGACCAAUCAUGUGCUCCCGCUUUCCUCAAGAUGUGCAGAAAUGCCAACGUUCGCCUUGAUGACCUUCAGCAAAUGAGGGUGCGAACCAUAACUGGGACGACUUAUUACAUGCGAUCCGGAGCGAGGAUUACGGGGGAGGUUCAUGAGAGGUUCAUGCUGAUUGAUGGAAACAGAGUGGCUACAGGCUCCUACAGGUUCAACUGGACUGAUGGUAAACUGAACAGCAGCAACCUGGUUGAGCUUUCUGGUCAGAUAACAGAGAAAUUCGACGAGGAGUUCCGCAUCCUCUACGCACAAUCUCUUCCUCUAAACACUCGCGGACCCCCCAGCGUGCGCAACAGUGGCAUCUACGAGCACCUCCUCAUCAAACACUCCUCGUCCUCUCACCUGGCCAGAGAGAGGCCCGUGGAGCCGGUGUGUCUGACCAGCACGCCCAACCGUAAGCCUCAAACUCUGACGGUGCAGCCUCCUCCUGAACCCUCAUCUCCAGAUCACCACAUAACCAGUCCGCUGUCCGACUCCUCCACCGUUAGAGGGGACUGGAUGGAGCAGCAGGAGGAGAUCCUGGCCGGGAGCACGACUCGACAUUUCCCUGCAGAGCAGCAAGCGGAGGAGCAGGCAGUGACCUCCGGAGCCAUCUCCUGCCACGCCUCGACUCAGACCAGCCGCUCGGUGGCAGACAGCGACACCCAGACUGACCUCCAGCUCACGCAACGUCUCGGCCCCAUUGCACCGACGAGCUCGGGGCCAAACCAGGACACGUCACCCUCCUUUGCGUCCUCCGGGCAGAUCUCGCCCACCCAGGCAGUUCCAGACACCACUUUAAAGGACUGCUUCCAUAAGCUGACCAAAGAGCGCCAGUACCACUACUCAACCAUCCGCUCCAAGCUGGAACACAUGGUGACCGCCCUGUCCGAGAGGCGCGAGCUAGCCGACGUCACCAACAUGACUCAGGGGCUUGGCGCUCGCAGCAGGCAGAGGAUACACAAAGACUCUGAGCAGGAACCAAAUCCCAGACUGCCUGUUGAAAGUGCGGGCAUGGGCACGUGGCCAAGAGCCAGAUGUGUACACUAGCUUGUCUUCUGGGAUUUUAGUGAUGUAGGGUAGAGGGGGGGGGAAGAGCCGCUUCUCUGCUCUAAAUAAAUGUUUUUGGCUUAAGCAGUACAAUUCCAGCUUUAUUCUCUUCGUCUAAUUUUCUGCAGCGCCCACUUUUGUCCUUUUCAUGUCGUGUCCCGUCCAUGUCGAAGCGAUUUUUGGUGAGGAGGCAACAGAAUCGCAAUUGACGUGAACGUCUUGCAGAAAUUUUAACCAAAGACACGGUGCAAUAAUCAUGUUUUGACCAUGUCAGUGUAAUGAAUAUCAUUAGCUGAGGUGGUUAAGACUGGAUAAUACCUGCUGAAGUGUGAGUGAAAAUGCAUUGAAGUGCUGUUUUGGUGAUUUAAAUCAAAUUUGGCUGCUGUAGCUACGGGGGGACCAUCAUUCUGGAGAGCAGCUGGCUCUCGCUGUGCCUCGCAAAUAAAUAAAGUAGUAUUUUGCUAUAUUA